AUGCACAAAAUCUACACAUCUCAACGCGAACACCCACCGCUUUCCAUAUACGCUGAUUUCGCUGUUGAUGCAUUCGUAGAGAAUUCAAUGGACGACCAGGCUCCCUACAUUGCUGCUGAGGAGCACGUCAUACUUUCAAGUGGAAAAUCGUAUGCCUUAUUCAGUGAGAUGAAAUCAUCCGAGAAUCCGUGGAUCCAAAAGGCCUAUCAAAAAAUCGUGGGAGGAGGAUGGGGAAACGAGAGUCACAUAAUCGAAGCAAGUUGCAAGAUACCAGCUCAACUGACGGGACUACUCCCACAAAAGGGCCAGCUAGCAAUUGGAGCAGACGCUGACUUAGUGCUAUGGCCCGAAGGCGAUUGUAGUAAGCCAAUUUUUACCAUAGUCGGUGGCCGAAUAGCUGUGCAGUACGGCCGACUACGAGAAACAACGCCACGCGACCAGGAGGAGGGAAAGAGUGUGAAGGCGGGGCUUAUUCGCUCCGGACAAACUCCUUGCAGCAUGUUGGCCGUUUCGCAUGAGAAGAUUGGAGAAAUUGGAAAAACCUUGCUACCUAUGCUCUCCCCACCGCAACCUCUGACGCCAGUAGUGGGACAGACAACUAAGACAUGGGAAAAUGCGAAACCCGGUCCUUCUGGUGAUGCAGCUCUUGCAGGACUACCUUCUAGAGAAAUUCGCUCAAUCGCUAGUCUAUACAAAAGAGAGUCCUUAGCUUCGACUUUCAAACUAACAGGUUAG